AUGGGUCAGGCCGGUUGUAGUGUGGGACUUGACGAUGUAUUUGAUCAUGCCAGUUUGGACUUACAGAAUGUGAGUGACAAUGAUGAUGUCCCGACUGAAGAUAUCGACUCGGAAGGGUUUAAUGAUUUCGUAGGUGACUCGCCUCCACAUUCAACUCCACAUUCACCUCCAUAUUCACCUCCACAUUCACCUCCAACUAGACGAAGCAAUGUUAUUCGUCUUAGGAUUAGAGGACUUGGAGCUGCACCUGCAUCAGCAUCUGCAUCUGCAACUACAUCAUCAUCAGCAGCGAGUAAUGCCAAGCCUUGGGUUGUCACGAGACCAGUUAUUGGUGGCCCUCAUGACGGUUCUAUUAUUCCCAGUUUUCUUAGUCAUGUAGUCCAUCGCUUGACGAACAAGUCAUACAAACCCUCUUUCGAAAUGGAUACAAGAGUCACAUACUUCAAGUUGUUGAAAGAAUGGAAGGGUUCUAUGUCGACUGAGGGUUAG